GCAAUAGUCAUUUAGCCCAAGAGCCAGAACGUUCUGCCCGUCAUCUUUCACGUGCAGCGUGCUCGAACAACGUCAAGAAGUGUGAGCAAAGAAAGGAGCUGAUUAAUACAGAUAUAGUAAUAGUCUCAUAAAAAAGUACCAAAAUGUUCUCCUCAAGUCUGUCCCUUCCUGGAAAACGUACCACGGGCAAUUCAGUUCGCACCCAAAAUGUUUUGGCUGCGAGUUCUAUCGCCAAUAUUGUCAAAAGCUCUCUUGGCCCUGUUGGACUAGACAAAAUGCUGGUCGAUGAUGUUGGGGAUGUCACUAUUACUAAUGAUGGUGCUACUAUCCUGAAUCUACUUGAAGUUCAGCACCCUGCUGCCAAAGUGUUGGUUGAGCUUGCUCAAUUGCAAGACCAAGAAGUUGGAGAUGGAACAACCUCAGUGGUUAUUGUUGCAGCUGAAUUGCUGAAAAAUGCAGAUGAAUUGGUUAAACAAAAGAUCCAUCCUACCUCUGUCAUCAGUGGUUAUCGUCUGGCUUGCAAGGAGGCUGUGAAGUACAUUCAGGACAAUUUGACCUUGAGCGUCGAGGAGCUUGGAAAGGACUGUUUGAUCAAUGCCGCCAAGACAUCUAUGUCGAGCAAAAUCAUCAGCGCCGACGCGAACUUCUUCGCCGCCAUGUGUGUUGACGCUGCCAAUGCUGUCCGCGUUACAGAUAACAAAGGGCAAGCUAUCUAUCCAAUCAAGGCGAUCAACGUUCUUAAGGCUCAUGGCAAAAGUGCUCGGGAAAGCCUUCUCAUCACUGGUUACGCCCUCAACUGCUCGGUUGCUUCCCAGGCGAUGGUUAAGAAGAUCACAAACGCCAAGAUUGCAUGCCUUGAUUUCUCUCUUCAAAAAACCAAAAUGAAAAUGGGAGUUCAGGUUCUCGUCACAGACCCUGAGAAGCUCGAUGCUAUCCGCGCUCGAGAAUCUGAUAUUACGAAAGAGAGAAUUCAGAAAAUCCUCAAUGCCGGAGCUAAUGUUAUUUUGGCAACUGGAGGUAUUGACGAUUUGUGCCUCAAGUAUUUCGUGGAAGCAGGUGCUAUGGCUGUUCGUCGAUGCAAGAAAGCUGACUUGAAGCGAAUUGCUAAAGCGACAGGAGCCACUUUACUUUCAUCCAUGGCCAAUCUGGAAGGUGAUGAAAGUUUCGAAGCUUCUUCUAUCGGUGAGGCCGCUGAAGUCUCAACGGAGCGCAUCUGCGACGACGAGCUCAUUAUUAUUAAAGGAACCAAAGCGCGCACUGCUGCAUCCAUUAUUCUACGUGGUCCCAACGACUUCUACUGUGAUGAGAUGGAACGCUCGGUGCACGAUGCCCUCUGCGUCGUCAAACGUGUUCUAGAAUCCAAAACUCUAGUCGUUGGCGGUGGCGCUGUUGAAGUUGCACUCUCUAUUUAUCUGGAGAGCUUCGCUACUUCAUUGAGCUCCCGAGAACAGUUGGCGAUUGCCGAGUUUGCUCACUCUCUGUUGGUAAUUCCCAAGACCUUGGCAGUCAACGCUGCUAAGGAUGCAACUGAUCUGGUGGCUAAGAUGCGUUCCUACCAUCACUCAUCGCAGUCAAAGCCUGAACAUGCUAAUUUGAAAUGGAUCGGGUUGGACUUGAUGGAAGGUGCUGUAAGGGAUAACCGUCAAGCCGGUGUCUUUGAGCCCGCUGUCUCAAAGAUCAAAUCUCUCAAAUUCGCUACAGAGGCCGCUAUCACCAUUCUGCGCAUUGAUGAUAUGAUCAAGCUUGAUUCCGAAGAUAAGAACACGCAAAGUUACCAGAACGCGUACCAAUGCGGACAGUUAGACGACUAGAUGAUUGAACAAACAAAAUAACUAACGUCAUUUUAUCAGCUGUUUCUAGUUCUGCGGUCAAUCUGAAUAAAAAUUAAGCUUUUUCCAGAAACUAAUUGCUUAAUAGAAACUAUUAAAUGAGCUGGUUAGGGUAAGUUAACAUUAGCCUUGAAAAGCCCUUUCCAUAUUUGUUUUUCUAUUUAAUAAUUAACUUGUAGAAGUCACGAAUUAGAUCUCUUUGCAUACAUGGGCGUGGUCACACUCUUGUUGGAUUCUAGGACUGAGACGACUAUCAGGUUGACUACGUCCAAAAAUGGAAAAUUGAUUGAGUUAAACAUAGAAAUUCGUUGUUUUAGCACGUGUGAAACUUACUUAGCUCAUUUACUGGCUUCCAUAGAGCAAUUAUGUUGCGAAAUUUUAAUUUUUAAUCAGAUCCACCGUAUUUUAGAAAAAGCUGAGUUCAUGGAGUGAUUCCAAGCUUGAUCAAUGAAACUUCUUUUUGGCUUCAGUCCGCGCUAACUUUUCCUACGUCGCCUUGCAUAAAAAUACACCCUCAACUACU